GAUUUUAAAGAACCGAACCCUCUGAUGGUCUCUGGAAGUUUAGAGAAACACGAAAACAGCAAAAGGAGCAGUGGUUUCCGACUGCACCUGAAGGCAUCCUCACACCGAAACUGGUGCCAAACUGGAUCCAGUUGAAGUGAGCUGUGUCCUUGUUUCGGAUGGUUAGAAAGCUGUGUGCGGACUUCGUGGACUGUAGCAGGUUCGGGUCCGUGUUUGUGUGUCGAUCUUAAGCCAGAGAGGUGAGUUCUGGUUCUGAUCCAGUGGGGGCAUCUGAGUUAGCAGUUUAGCUCUGAACGGACUGGGUUAGUUCCUUUGUUGGUUCUGUGUCUGUCCGUGUGAGUUGGUUGGGCUGAACAGAACCGGUAAUAUUGUUUGAAUUCAUCUUCUGUUGAGCGGAGCUGCGUUCAGUUCCAGGUGUUCAAACCAGUUUAAACAGAUUUUCACCUGUCUGUUAACUUUGAAGCACCUGUUUCACCUGCAGGAAGUUCACCUGUAGUUUCGGACCUUCCUGAUGACUUCGGGACCAAAAAUAAUCAGGGAUUUACUGAUUAAACAGCAGAUUAUCUCUGACCGCGCCCCUCGGAGCCGCGUAGUCUCACUUCCUGGUUCCUCUCAGGUGUGUUCAGGUGGAUCCAGGACAACCAUGUUGGAGAAUGUCCCUACAGUUUCCUCUGCAGAGCGCCAGCAGGUUCUGGGAGCUCUGGAGCGUCUGCAGGCCAAACUGGUCCAGAGGGAGGAGUGGACCCACAGUGACACUCUGGGAAACCUGCGGGAGAUGCUGCAGAGUCUGCUGUUCAGCCACAUCCUGACCGUGCAGUACUCUAUUAAGCAGCUCCAGAACCAGCUGAGCAGCAUGCCUCCUGAUGCCCUCAGUGACUUCAGCUUCUCCAGACGGGGUCAGUUGAUCAUGAGCACUGUCAACCCAUCCAGCCUCUCGACUCCGUCCGCCCUGUCACCCUCCUCCUCCAUCCUGACCAAUGGCUCGUCCUCAUGCUUCCCUCAGGCUCCGCCCUCAACUGACUGGCUGCAGAAGUGGAUUCUGACAGCAGCAAAGGGGCGUCACACUGAGCUGAUGAGCCUGACCCGACCCGUUUCAGGUGGGCUGGGCUUCAGUGUGGUCGGUCUGAGCCCUACAGGAAGCAGCAGUCAGGGUGUCUUUGUCAAACACAUCCAGCCAGGAGGAAUCGCUCACAGGGAUGGGCGUCUCCAGGAACGGGAUCAGAUCUUGGUGAUAAACGGCAGCCCUCUGGAGCCGGGGAUGAGCCAUCAGCAGGCUCUGAGCCUCCUGCAGCAUCCUGGACACACAGUGGAGCUGGUGGUGGCCCGGGAUCCCCACUCUGAAGGAGGUCCAAUCAGCACGGGUCAGUGGGGUCAUGUGGAGGAGAUCGAGCUUUCCAACGAUGGAUCUGGUCUGGGCUUUGGAAUCGUGGGCGGGAAGAAGAGUGGAGUGGUGGUCCGAACGCUGAUCCCGAACAGCGUAGCGGACAGGGACGGCCGCCUCCGCACAGGUGACCACAUCCUCCGCAUUGGGUCGACUCCCACUGUCGGCCUCACCAGCGACCAGGUUGUCAAGGUGCUGCAGGCCUGCGGCAGUCACGUGACCAUGCUGAUCGCCAGGGACCUCCGAGGACAAAAGUCAGCCGCCCUGGAUGGACCACUGCCUCCUGACUCCGCCCCCAUUGCUAAAUUACCUCCGCCACUUCCUGACUCCGCCCCCAUAACAUCUUUACCUUCUGGGCCUCCUGUAGUCCCGCCCCAGCAUCGGCUCAGCAAGACGCCCAAUCUGGAGGGAUACGAGAUCCACGAGGUUUCUCUCACCAAGAAGGACGGCCAGAGCCUUGGCAUUUCCAUCAUCGGCUUCAACCCGCUGAUGAGCCAAGAUGCAGUGGGUGUGUUUGUGAAACACGUGGUUCCUGGCAGUGCCGCGGACCAGAGCGGAAACAUCCGGGUCCAUGACCGACUCCUUGCUCUGGAUGACAUCAGUCUCCAUGGUCUGACCAACCAGGAGGUUCUGGAAGUGAUGAAGCAGACGGGUCAGACUGUGGUUCUGACUCUGGUCCGAAAGAAAGCCAGGGGCCUGGAGAGAUCCCUGGAUAAAGUGGAGCGCGAGUCAUCUCGAGGGUCUCAGAGGAGGAGUCUGGAGAUGAAGACUCAUUGCUCAACGUCUGGCCCCAUGAUGAUGAUGAAACAGGAACCAUCGUAUCCAAACACUGCCCGACUAAACAGAGCCUCUGAUGAAGAACUUAGAGCUAAAUGGGAGGCAGCUCUGGGACCUCAGUACCAUGUCCUGGUGCUUAACCUGGAUCCUGUCAUAGAGGAUGAUGAAGAGCUACAGAAAUCUUCCAAGCUGCUGCCAAUCCACAUCCUGCGUUUGGGUGUCGAGUUGGACUCGUUUGACGGUCAUCACUACAUCUCUUCUGUGGCCCCUGGGGGCCCUGUAGACAAACAUGGAGUUUUAAGGCCUGAAGAUGAACUGUUGGAGGUGAACGGGGUUCAGCUCUACGGGAAGUCCCGGCGUGAAGCCGUGUCCUUCCUCAAGGAGGUGCCUCCUCCGUUCACUCUGGUCUGCUGCCGUCACUUCACCUCUGACCUGGAACCAGAACCAGAAUCUGAACCGUCACCUCCACCCGACCCAGCAGCAGAACCGACACAUCGCAGCGUUGAUGAGAUGGAGCUGAAACUGUCAGCGAUGCUCCUGAGAGAUGAUGGGAUCCAGCAGCAUCAGGAAGAGGAGGAUGAGGAGGUUAGACAGAAGCAGGCUUCUCCUGUAGAGGAGCUGUUGAAGACAGAAGACACUGACCCCAGCCAGGAUGAGGAGGAGGACGAGGAUGAGGAUGAUGAUGGAGAGCUGGCUCUGUGGUGUCCUGACGUUAAUGUGGUGGAACUCCAGAAGGAGAGAGACAAAGGCCUCGGCUUCAGUAUCCUCGAUUAUCAGGACCCGUUGGAUCCUGGUCGCUGCGUGAUGGUGGUCCGCUCUCUGCUUCCUGGUGGGUCAGCAGAGCGUCAUGGCGGUUUACUUCCUGGAGACCAGCUUGUAUCAGUUAAUCACACCCAGUUAGACCUUCUCACCCUGGCCGAGGCAGUGGAGGUCCUGAAGUCGGCAAAGCCUGGUACCGUUCGCCUUGGUAUUCGCAAACCGCUGGUGGUGGAAGCAGCAGAGACGAGCAGAAAGAGGAAUAUUCUGGUAUCUUCUGAAGAUGGACCUGUUCCAGAGGAUUUCAGUGAUGGCUCCGUGCUUCCAGAGGAUUUCUCUCAGAGAGAGGAGGAGGAGGAGCCAGAGCUGAUCCUGGAUGGAGGUCUGCCUCGCUACACCUCUUCUCUGACCUCUGACCUCCUGCCUGUAGAGGACGGCAUGGAGAUGGCUGUAGAUGAAGAGGAGAAGGAUGAGGACAGGAGUAGCUCCCUCCACAGGAAGCCUCCUCCAUCCUGGGAGGAGUGGAAGCUGUCCUCUGCUGGGAGAGUAGGAGGUUCCGAUGAGCUCCAGACGUGGAGACGUGGGUCCCAGGAAGACGAGGAGCUGCAGAAGUCAGACCACGAGAGCAUCUCAUCUGUUGGGAAACUGAUCCUGGGCCUUCCAGAUGCCAGAGAUAGCGAAGCCGACUCGGACCUCACUUUGACGGACACCGACACCGAGUCUGUCAGGGUGGUCAACACUGGGAGGAGAAAAAGGCAGAGCCAGGGAGGAGCCUUUCUACCAGGAAGAGGAGGCUGCAGUGAUCUGCCUGAGAGAGAAGAGGGGGAGGGAGAGGAGACCCCCGGCUACAGUCACUGGGGACCCCCCCGCAGGGUGGAGGUGUGGCCUGAGGACGGCCAGUCUCUGGGUCUGAGCAUUGUUGGAGGUCGACACGUCAUCAAGCGUCUGAAGAAUGGAGAGGAACUGAAGGGAAUCUUCAUCAAACAGGUUCUGCCUAACAGCCCUGCUGCCAAAACUCACUGUCUGAAGACUGGAGACAAGAUCCUGGAGGUGUCAGGUGUCGACCUGCGAGCAGCCAGUCACAACGAGGCGGUCAGCGCCAUCAAAUCUGCUCCGAGUCCGGUCGUCUUCAUUGUGCAGAGCCUGUCUGCGACGCCGCGGCCAACGUCAUUAACAGCUUCCAGCUACACCAAACACAAAGCCAAGCGGACCGAGACCGAACCUCCGAUACCUGAAGCAGCCAUGGCCCCCCUCAGACUGCCCCCACCCUACAGCCCUCCCAGCCAAUCAGAGCAGGAGCUGACUGCUCACCUGCUGCAGGUCAAAGGACUCGACUCGAUCACAGCAGUCUGGCUAACUCACACUAACGGAUCGCUUCCUGGAAAUCUGCGCGUUGCAGCUGACCCGACACUGAAACGAAACGUUUGUUUAGCUCCUCACACACAUCCACACACAUCCACACACGCUCCCGUUGAUUUAUGUCGGAGUGUGGGGACUGGAGCAUGGACGAUGCUGCAGCAGGAGCGUUGGUGUGAACGUUAUGGAGACCUGCAGGGGGAGCUGUUGUGUGUGGAGUUGGUCAAGGACCGACAGGGUUUGGGUCUCAGCCUGGCUGGAAACAGAGACCGUUCCCGCCUCAGUAUCUUCGUGGUGGGACUCCAUCCAGGUGGACCGGCGUCCCGUGAUGGACGGAUCCAUGUGGGGGACGAGCUGUUGGAGAUCAACAACCAGGUUCUUUAUGGGCGGAGCCACCAGAACGCCUCGGCCAUCAUUAAGAGCGCCGCCUCCAAGGUGAAGCUCAUCUUGCUGAGAAAUGACGACACUAUAAACCAGAUGGCUGUUUCUCCUUUAACGACUCCUCCUCCUGCUCCUUCUCCUCCUCCCACCUUGAGCCCAGUCAGCCCAGAGUGUGUGCUUGGUGACCCUGCCCCCUCUGAACAGCCCCACCCCCCUGACAGUUUGAGACUCCGCCCCUCGCCGGACGAGACCACGAGGGACGAAUUGGUUCAGAAUGCCUGGAACAGAAGCAGCGACGGUGCCCCCAAGAGGCUGACGGAGGCAGACAUGCAGAUAAAGAAGCUCCAAGCCGCAGAGUCUCCAGAAAAUGAGCUGCAGGCUCCAAAGGGACCGCUGGAGCUUCAGUUCUGCAGAUCCAACAGCAGCUCCAGCAAACAGACGGCAGCCUCUCCUCCUCUGAUCGGCGCUGAAGUCCACCCUACUAACGGAGAUCCAUCCUGCUGUGUGGUGGUUCCGGGCCAGGAAACCGUUCUGGAGAUCUUUAAGGGUCGAUCUGGACUGGGACUCAGCAUAGUGGGAGGAAGAGACACACAGCUGGACGCCAUCAUGAUCCAUGAGGUCUAUGAGGAAGGAGCAGCAGCUAGAGACGGACGGCUGUGGGCCGGAGACCAGAUACUGGAGGUGAACGGCGUGAAUCUCCGUGGGGCCUCCCACGAAGAGGCCAUUGCCAGCCUGCGUCAAACGCCAGCAAAGGUCCAUCUGACUGUUCUGAGGGACGAAUCCCACUACAGAGACGAGGAGAACCUGGACGUGUUUAAGGUGGAACUGCAGAAGAAAAGCGGCCGAGGAUUGGGAUUCAGCAUCGUUGGGAAGAGGAGUGGCAGUGGGGUGUUCAUCUCGGAGGUGGUCAGAGGGGGCGCUGCCCAGAUGGAUGGACGCGUGAUGCAAGGAGAUCAGAUUCUGUCGGUGAACGGAGAGGACACACGCCACGCCUCCCAGGAAGCUGUGGCCGCCAUGCUGAAGUGCGCUCGUAAGCCAGUCCUGUUGGAGCUUGGUCGACUCAAAGCUGCUUCAUGGAUCUCCUCCAGACUGACCUCCAAGGCAAGCCAGAUGAGUCACGUCAGCAGCAGCAGCUCAGCUGUUGUAGCUCCACCCCUCCCACAGAUGCCCACAUCACCUGAACUCGCCAUCACCACCGAGCCGCUCAAGAACAUCAAGACCAGAAGUGACAUCACUUCCUGCUGUGAAAGCAGCUCAGGGGUGGAGGCCGGUGUCCGGACGGUGGAGAUCACCAGGGGUGCCGGCGACUCCCUUGGGGUGAGUGUAGCCGGGGGGAAGGGCAGCCCUCUGGGGGACAUUCCCAUCUUCAUCGCCAUGAUCCAGGCCAACGGAGUUGUUGCCAAGACGCACCGGCUGAAGGUGGGAGACAGAAUCGUCAGCGUUGGUGGUCAGUCAGUGGACGGUCUGUCUCACAGUGAGGUGGUCACCAUGCUGAAGAACAGCUACGGGAACAUCAGUCUGCAGGUGGUGGCGGACACAAACAUCAGCGCCAUUGCCUCUCAGGUGGAGAGUCUGACCAGCAGCUCCAGUCUGUCGGCCAGCACCGACACACACACCACAGCUGACUCAGAGGGUCCACGGCCCCGCAGCAUCACUCUGGAGAAAGGUACUGAUGGACUCGGCUUCAGCAUUGUCGGAGGCUUUGGCAGUCCACAUGGAGACCUUCCGAUCUAUGUCAAAACCGUCUUUAAUAAGGGCGCAGCGGCGAUGGACGGCCGUCUGAAACGCGGCGAUCAGAUCCUGUCGGUCAACGGUGAGAGUCUUCAGGGAGUGACGCACGAGCAGGCGGUGACCAUCCUGAAGAAGCAGAAAGGAACGGUCACGCUGGACAUCCUGUCCUAACCAACAUGCCUGCAGAGACACGUGAAGUACCGGAUGUCUUCACCCUGACUCCAGAGGUUCAGGUCAAGAAAGAUCGACUGCUCUGAGCUUCCCAACAUGCAAAAAAUACUCCCGCAGGUCACACAAUUGUCUUCUGUCUCUAUGAUAACCAUCACUUCAUGCAUCACCUUUACCUGACUCCACCCAUGUCUCAGAUAGGUGUCUCACCUGAUGGUUUCCUCAAAAACUGACACAAGCACAGUUUCUGAUGUCAGACCUUCUGCAGCAGAGUCCCUCCUGUAGCUUAUUGUAGCUUCUCAGCCUUUCAGUAGGAGAACUUUGAUUAUAUCUGAGCUCAUCUUUGCAAAUUUGUUCUUCAUCUUGAAAAGUUCUAGUUCUUGAACCAUAGCACUAGAUGGCACCAACUGAACCAGCCCACAAACUGCAAAAAACCAGGAUACCAACAAGUAAACCUUUUCGUUAUUCUGCCAGGAGCACCAUUUAAGACCUUCUGUCUUCUAGUGAUCAGUUUGGUGAUAGCAGCUGCUCCUGGUUAAAACCACAGCAGUUUCUUAUUUUCCUUUUUCACCAUUCCCAGAUUCAUUUCAUCUCUGGUUUUACAUCUUUGAUGAGGUUCAUCUAUGAGUUCUGGAAGAACUUUGAGGUUUUUAGUCUGAACAUUUGUACAAGACACAUGAAUAAGAACUGAAUCUGUAAAAAUCUGGCCUCAUGUUGAUAAACUCAUUGAUUUUACAGAAUACAUAUUUAAGUGAUUGUUUAAAAAAACAGUUGUUUGAAGAUCAUCAUCUGCAGAGGAAUUCAUCUAAAUAUAAUUUAAUGGUUGUAAAUCUGAACCACGAAGCUCAGAAUAAUCUGGUCCGUAUGUUGGUCAGUAGGAGCUCAGAGUUCCUCCAUUGCUGAUCAUCAGAUGCUAGAAACCAGAAAGGUUGAGAUGCUCCAUUUAUCCGACUGCUGCUUUUCAGAACCUCCUAAAACUAAAAUGGCAAAAUGGACUGAACCAACUGAUCAUGUUUUCAUGGAGGAAGGACUGACGGUUCUAAUGCUGAUGGACAAAAAUAGAUGCUUAAUUUAUCUGGUCACACUUUUCUACUGAAGGUUCUGGUUCUGUCUGGAACAUUCCCAGGGACGGAGGUGUUUUCAUGACAUGUUCAAAAGUGUUGCAGUUUCAUAUUCUGAAUGUCGAUGCAUGCAGCGUUGCAGCAAACAGUGUGCCCAAAAUACUGCAAAUUUAGCAGCAAACCCUCUGAUUGGUUGGCUGCAAAUGGAAGCAACAAUGAUGUCACACCUGUUCGCAGAAAAGCUUAAAAAGUUCUUAUAAGCCAUGAAAAGGUGGGUUCUGGUUCUUGGGUUGGUUAUGAAGUUUAACAAGUAAAUCCAAGUUAACAAUUUAAGUUUGCAGCCAAAAACGUUUCUGAAAGAAUAAAAAAAACUGCAGCUACUGUUAAGUAGGGCUUUCAGCAUUAGUUUAUUUUUGGUGCAUAAGAAGCUUAUAUUUCUGCUUCAGACUCGGCCCAAACACAAGCGGAGCCUGUUUCAACACACUGACCGCAGUUUAAUAUUUGUUGUUGAUUUUAAUGAUGGCAAAUCGUCUGAAGGGUUCAGGGUUUAUACCUACGGCUAAAUAAAUCCUGUUGAUUCUCAGUUAAAACUUUACUUUGUCUUGAAACUAAAUCACCAAACAGUCUUAGUCGUUUUAAAGUUAGCAUGUAGCUUCUCCUGUACGUUCUUUACAUCCAUGCAAAAAGUGCCAUCUUUUGAUAAAAUUCAUUAUUUUAGUUUAAUACAUUGGUAGGAUUUCUAGAAGAGUUGUUGGUCGCCUGUCUCCAUGGAGACAGCUCUCAGGAUGUUGUUAGUAUGGUGCCUGUUGCCUUGACAACAGAUGUCUUCCACAUGACGGUUGUCUUUUACUUUAGAGAUUAAAGCUGCAGACGGAUGUUCCUCAUGUCCCUAAAUAACAGACUGUUCCUGUUUGGGUUUAAACUUUAACCCACGUUCUGAUGUAAAAAUCCUAAAACCAGAUUUAUUGAACCAUAAUUGUGAAUUAAAUAUCUUCCAAUGAGAUUUCACAUUUGCUAUAAUUAUGUUCAAGAAGCUGAUUCCACCAAACAACUGCAGAAAAACAGCAGAAAAAAAUCAGUUGCUCAAAACACCCUGAAGGUUCUCCUAAAAAACGUCCUGAAGGUUUUCCUGAAAACGCCCCGAAUAUUUUCCUGAAAACAUUCGGAAAGUUUUCCAGAAAUGUUCCUGAAGGUUUUCCUAAAAAUGCCCUGAAGGUUUUCCUGAAAAUGCCCUGAAGAUUUUCCUGAAAACACCCUAAAGGUUUCCUGGAAAUAUCCUCAAAUUUUUUCUGAAAACGUCCUGAAAGGUUCCUGAAGGUUUUCCUAAAAACCCCUGAAGGUUUUCCUGAAAAGGUCCUAAUGGUUUUCUUGAAAAUGUCCUGAAGGUUUUCCUGAAACCGUCCUGAAGAUUUUUCUGAAAACGUCCUGAACGUUUUCCUAAAAACGCCCAGAAGGUUUUCAUGAAAACAUCCUGAAGGUCUUCCUGAAAAGGUUCUGAAGGUUGUUUUUUUUUUCAGAAAUAAGGACAGCUCUUACACUAAAGUUUUCAGAAUCCAAUUUAAGGAAACAAAAGCUUUAAAGUCAGUUAAAAUGUUAAUUGAAACAUUCCCAGCCAUCCCUGACAGGUGUUAUGGUCAGAUUGGCUUUCUGCAGCUGCUUCACAGCUGAAGAUUCUGCCACACAUUUAUUAAUGAAUGUUGUUAUGUGUGGAGCUACAAUUUGACAAAUUGUUAAUUUCAUGAUCCAUUACACUGAGUUGGCCAGCAAUCAGCAUCCAUGGAAACUGUUAGACGUUUUCCUUCCUGGGCAGAAAUUGAGAAGUUGUUGAGAUGAGUUGUGGAAUGUCCUCGCUUCAAUGAAACAUUUUCAGUUUUUAAAUUAUUUCAGUUCCUUAAACAGUUUUUAACCGUUCUUAGACCAAACCUGCAAACCAACAUUGGAAAAACACACUAGCGAACAUGGAUGAUUGAAGUAAAGAGUUGAAUGUUUCUCUCUGAGAUGCUGGGAGUUAGAAGGUUGUAAAGGAAUUAUAAGCAGCUUUUAUUUUACUCUGUUUAAUUUUCUUUUCUCUUGUUCUUUAAAUCAGCUAAUCUGUAAAAUGAUCUCCAACAAACUCCACAUUUUACCUUCAGUGUUGCUACCAGCUGCCAGAGAACCGUAUUGUUGGUUAAUUUCCUCUUAAAUUUUCUUUAACAGUUCUAAAAUCCUCUGCGGUCUUAAGACAAAGUUUUCUUCUAGAAGUGGAACGACGUGUUAUUUUCAUUUUAUCUGACUAGUUGGGAGUUUAGACUUGUAGAUAAAUCUGAGUUAUGGAAUUUAUUAGUUUUAUGCUGCUCUCAUAACGUGUGGUGUUUUGUGCAACUGAUCUUUGCUAACAUGUUAGCUUUGUCCCCAAUAAACAAAACUAAGCAAACAGAAAUACUAGCCUGAUGCCGUUAGCUCUGUUAGCUCGGUUAGCCUGGUUAUCUUUUUGGUUGUACAAAAAUACAGUUUAAUCAAUUUACUUUCCAGUCCAACACAGUCUGUGGGUUAAAUGUUUGUAAUUUGGCCCAUUUUACCAAAACAUUUAAAAAGUAAAGUGUUUUUUAAUAUUUAACACGGUGUUAGCUUCUUUUUAGCAACAUAUUACCUAAACUGUUGACUUUAUCAGUGAGUUAUUCCGUCCAAGACUCUUGAAAGUUAAUCAUGAAUAUAAACCUGUUUAGGAUGAUUUGUGAAAUAGUCAAAGAUCCUUUUUUAAUUAUUUGAGCUAAAGCUAGCUUGUUGUUAGCAUUAACGUCUAAAAGCAACUAGCCAGGUUCGGUCGGGAAACCAGUGCAAACUUCUACAUAUCAAUCAUGUGCAGAAAUACACUGUCUUUAUUUUUUUGUAGAUUAAAUGUAAUUUAUUUGUUGAAUCCACUGGAAAUAAAAUCUGUAUUUUCUGUAUUUAUGGUGCAGCUUUGUGCCACAUCCUAUCGGAACCCAGCACGGGUCCAUUUUUAUUUCAUGUCUUUGCCAUGUUGUCAAAGGUUUCUGGAAAAUGCUUUUGAUUUACUGUGAGAAGAUUGAAAUGAUUAUUAGUGGAACCAUUAAUAAAGAUGAAUAAACUGAGA